UUUGAUUAGUAGUCAUUUCUCGUUAUAAAAAGCAUCCUCAGUUAAACGCUAAUCUACAACAGUCGCAGAGAAAGAAAGAAAGAAAAAAAAAUUUCUUUCAUAUAUCGGAGCUUCUUGACAUAGGGAAAUUGCAACUAUGUCUUCGUGCGCCACUUUUAUUGUCCUUUUCCUUUUCUCCAUUCUCACUUGCUUCAGAGUUUCUUCACAAAACCUCUCUCUCUUAUACUUCUUUUGUCCAAAUACGACAACGUAUUCAAGGAACAGUACUUACUUCACCAAUCUCAAAACCCUUUUGGCUACCCUUUCUUCCCCCAACGCUUCAUACUCAACUGGAUUCCAAAAUGGUAAGGCGGGUCAAGCUCCAGAUAUGGUCACCGGACUUUUCCUAUGCCGCGGAGAUGUCUCGCCGGAAAUAUGCCGUAACUGCGUGUCUUUUGCCGUCAACGAAUCCUUGACACGUUGUCCAAAUCAGAGCGAGGCCGUGCUCUAUUACGAUGAGUGUACGCUGAGAUACUCUCACCGGAAUAUUCUCUCGACCCUUAGAACCGAUGGUGGAUACACCUUGCCUAACCUCAAUAGUAUUCCACCUGAUCAGCAAGACCGGUUCAGAGAUUUGGUUUUGUCCACCCUGAACCAAGCGGCAACCAAGGCAGUGGCUAGCUCCCGAAAAUUCGAUGCGAGAAAAGUCAAUUUUACUGAUUUGCAGAGUUUGUACGGACUUGUUCAGUGCACUCCUGAUUUGACAGGACAAGACUGUAUGCGUUGUCUGCAAACGUCAAUCAAUCAAUUACCCACCGAAAGAAUUGGGGCGAGACUUCUUUUGCCUAGCUGUGGUUCACGUUACGAGCUUUACCCGUUUUACGACGAAUCUGCCGUUAGAACACAAACCACCACCUGAUUUGAAUACACAAGGCAUCGACGAAUACAAACCACCUAAAAACCAUCUAGAUAUUAUAUGCAUUUCACUGCCACCUGUCAUUUUAUUUCAAUAUAUUAAAUAAAGUUGUGGUUCUAAUAUUUGGACAAAAAACCCCACGUUUCGUUUCCUUUUGUGAUUCCAGUUUGUAGGAGUUGAACUCUAAUAUAAACUUUUUUUUUUAUAACACUGAUUGUUUGGGGAACAAAGUAGAACAUGUAGAAAACAAACUGAAUCAAAG